AUGGUCGACGUAAACCGAGCCGUGCGAGUUCUCGGCUGCAACUUGUUCAAGGGUCUGUUCUCCCGCUGCGGCAGUGGCGAGAACCUGCUCGUGUCGCCGUACGCUGCCAUGGUGACGCUGUCGCUGCUUAUGGCGGGGGCGCAGGAGGACACUGAGCAGGAACUCGGCGAAGCUCUGCAGGUACGUCUGCCACUGAUACACGCCGCCAUGCGCCGUACCCUCCUGUUCCCCACAGCCACUGGCCCCACGCCGGAACAGGAGAAAGUGUACUUUCGCAUGGCAAACAGAGUGCUGGUGGGCUCUGCACUGUCACUGAACGACUCCUACUGCAAGAUCGGCAGUCGCGUUUACGGCACGACCGUCGAGGAAGCGGACUUCGACGACGAUGCCGACAACGAGCGUAGCACGGUCAACGAGUGGGCCAAGCAGAAAGCGGGCAUCACCGGCGACUUGCUGGGUGCCGAGUGCACCUUGGCCGCCGACACGGGAAUCGUGCUGCUCAGCUGCGCAUCCGUGCGGGCUGUCUCGUGGCAGCAGCCUGUCUCGUCCAAGGUGAGCCCGUUCGGCCAGGUACAAGCCGCACCGACGCUGGAAACUUGCGCCGCGUACGGUUACGCUUGGCUCGAGGAACUGUCACUGCAGGCAGUGGACGUGCCCUUCUUGUGCGAGGCAUUCUCGGCGACUGUGCUGCUGCCCGUCGGCUCGAAAAGCCUCGAGGAACUCUGCCAGAAUCUCACCGCCGAGGUGCGCUCAACGAGCAAUCCCGAUGCUCCCAGGAGCAGAUGGGGUGAUCGCGAUACCUGA